CAUCUCGGAUCUGUUGUCUUUGCAAUUAGUUGAAGCUGAGAAUCCCUCUCCCAUAUUUACCUAAGCCAACGCUAUUAGAUCCAGCCAGAUCCGUCGUCUCUGCUGGUACAGCUUGAUUCAUAGACGUGUCCAAUUUUACUCGAUUUGCGUUUGCAGCCAUGGCUAAGGGUUCAGUCAGCCAGGCGUCAACAUCCGUUGCACGCGGCGGGAGCGGUGCUGUGAGUAGAGGGGCUGCUGCUGGUGGAGCACCGAAGGGAGUAGGAUCAGCAGGUCUCCGCAGGAGACGGCCAACAGCCGCUGCGACUUCGAGCGCUGCGAAUAACAUGCUGCGAUUUUACACGGACGAUGCUCCUGGCCUUAAGAUCACUCCGACCGUCGUUCUCGUGAUGAGCCUCUGCUUUAUUGGAUUCGUCACCGCGUUGCACGUUGUCGGGAAGCUGUAUGGCUACUCUUCCGCGAAGUGAUUUUCUUUGGAGAAGACACGACUUCUUUCGUAGAUAUCUAAUUUUAGCUAGAUUUGGGCUGCUUUGUGGCUUUCCGACUCUGAUUCGUGUACUUCAAUUUUCAUGUGGAAGAAGCAGUGUCAUUCGCAACUGUUUAAGCUCCUUAGACCAUCUUCUGGACGUGCGGAUAGCAAGCUUCCAACAGGGGAUGGGGAUCAGCAGAGUUUAUAGCGUUGGUUCAGGCUACCGCGUGGAGACCAGUAUCAAUCCAUAAGCUUCACGGUUUCUUGUUUGACCUCCCUUCCUGCUUGAUUUGCUGUGUGCCAAAUCUGUGUUUUGAUGUGAAUCGAAGAGGCAGGAAUCCUGGCAAAC